AUGGGGUGUACAGGUACUGACGUGGACUACGAGACAGCGGUCAUCCACUAUAGACUGGCCUCGGAGCAGCAGCACAGCGCUCAGGCCAUGUUCAACUUGGGCUACAUGCACGAGAAAGGCCUGGGCAUCAAACAGGAUAUCCACCUGGCCAAGCGUUUCUACGACAUGGCUGCUGAGGCUAGUCCCGAAGCUCAGGUGCCCGUCUUCCUGGCUCUGUGUAAACUGGGCCUGGUCUACACCCUGCAAUACCUGCACGACCUCAACAUGAGUGAGGUGGUCAGUCAGGUGGACCUGGACCAGCUCCUGGGCCCUGAGUGGGACAUCUACCUAAUGACGGUAAUCGCCCUGCUGCUAGGCACCGUCAUCGCCUACCGCCAGAGACAACACCAGGCAAUGCCCCCGCAGCCCCCUCCUCCCCCAGCCAAGCCUGCUCAGGAGCAGGCCCAGCCAGAGGUCCAACCUGAGGCCCAGGCCCAGCCCGAGGCCGGAGAGGCGCAGCAGUGA